CGUCACGAUUAUAUGUAGUUUCGCUUUCUUGUUUUCUAUGGCGGUCCCUUUGAGACUCAAACCAAAAGCGACUUCGUUUGAUUACUUGAAGCGCACUGAUGACGAGAUAGGAACUCCAAGAGACAAGAAGAUGGUUUCCGUGAAAUGGAACCAGAAGAGCGAACGAACUCAGGAAAAUGACCGCACUGUAAGACAAAAGAAAAAUAAAGAAGUUCUUAGUCUGGAGAUGAAGUAUUGCAAGCCUUACCCGACCACUGUACAAGUGCCUGAGUCUGGAAACUGGGGGCAGUUCUUUUUGCCAAGCUUUGUCGAGCUUCAUCGUUGUGCUGGAGGCUGUUCUAUAUCUCCACGGAUUGUAUAUUGUGCCCUGUCGACAGAAGAGAAAAUUACCAUUGCUGUAAAGCAAGGUCACAAUACCAAACAAGUGGCAAUGAGCAACCACACGGCUUGUCAUUGCGCGUGCUUGCCAAAGAGGUGUCAAAGCGGGCAACGUUUCGACGCCGAUAUUUGCAACUGCGUGUGUAUUGUUAACGGUGAAAGCCAAUGUAAUGAGAAGGCAAACAAGCGAUGGGAUGGACACUUGUGUCAAUGUGUAUGCGCAAUUAAAUCCUUGGAUUGCAAUUUUGAUAAAACAUGGAACAACGACUCCUGUACCUGCGAGUCGGCAGUGGAUCAGGCAUUGUAGCUUUAUUAAGAAGAAUUUCUAUAGAACAAAAAAUUGAAACAUACUGUGGUUCAAGGCCCCGUCCACGCUCACCGGAGAAAUUU